AUGAACGAUAUAACCCGCUCAGUAUUUCACCGUGAUCUUUUUAACUGCGAACGGUGCUCGGAACGACCACGAGUAAUAUCUGUUGUGUUUUUUCUCUGUGCGGCGGCAAUAUGUAUUACAUGGUUUAUUGUACGGCGUAAUCCGUAUGCGUUUGUAUUGCUCGAUCUCAUCAACAUCGCUUGGUUGACGGUGCUUCUCUUGUGCAUGUUUGUAUAUGAUCUGUUCAUGGUAUUUAUCACUCCGUUUCUUACCAGAAAUGGAUGUUCCGUGAUGGUUGAGGUUGCUGCAGGAGUAGAUUGUUCCAAACAGGACUUUGGAUAUCCAAUAGCACCGAUUAAUGUCGACAUUCCUGAAAAGGUAAAUUUGUUUUCUUAUUUCGAGCAGCUUUAG